GAAUUGUAAAUGAUUUUGUUAUGAAAUACGUUAAGCUUGUAUCCCCUGACUUCAGAAGGUCCCUCGGUCACAUCGACUGCUGGACGCAGCAAACCUUUUCCCUCCAUUUUCUCUUGGAAAAUCAGUUUUGAAGCGCAAUGAAUCCUGGGACAUGUGGGGCCCGGAAGGAUCCCCUCGGUGGAGCCUCCGCUGCUCGGGGGUGGAAGGACAUGGGGAGGAGCCUAGGAAUCAGUCUCGUCGCGCGGCUGUGACGUGAUUAGGAAUGCGGCUGAAUCACCUCGACUCCUUCAUGGCGUUGCUAGGAAACGGCCACAGUUCCGCCCUUGACGCGCUCUGAUGAUGUUGUACCCUAGCAACGAGCAGACGCUCCAUAGCAACCGGCUGUAAACGUCUGGUUAGUCUCAUGUUAGUUUGAUCUAGUGGUUUGAAGUUAGUUAAGUUAGUUUUUAACUAACCGGACCUGUUUGUGUUCCCGCCAUUUGACUGACGAACAGGAAGUGAACUCAGCUGUUCAGGAGACUGAUGGAGAAGAUGGUGAAGCCUCUGAUUCCUCCUCACAUGUCGGUUUAUGCCGACAAACAUGGCGUCUUCCACCUGCUGCAGAGCUUGGUGUCCAGUGUGUUGACUGAUCAGCCUGAUGAUCCGGUCUCUUACCUGAUCUCAGUUCUUCAGAGGAGCAGCUUCAACAUUCCCAGGAUCAUGGUGCUCGGUCCUCCAGCUGUAGGGAAACACACCGUGGCAUCGAAACUGAGCGCUGAGCUGAGAGCUGUUCAUGUGACCCCCGAGAGUUUAUUGAAGGACCAAUCAGAGCUGAGCACACAGCUUCCUGUCGAGCAGCGUGUUCAUCAGAGACUGAGGGAGGUCGACUGUUUCAACAGGGGCUGGGUUCUGGAGGGAAUCCCUCAGACUCGUCUUCAGGCUCUGACUCUUCAACAGGCCGGAGUCGUCCCUGAUCACGUUGUGAUACUGGAGGCUUCUGAUGAUGUGUUGUUGGAGAGGAGGGAGGGGAAGCUGGUCGACCCACUGACAGGAGACGUGUACCAUCAGACUUUCAUCUGGCAGGCCAAUGACAUCAUCGCCCAGCGUCUGGAGAAGGGGCGGGGCCCAUCAGAGACGCAGUACCUAGCUGAGCUGCAGCGUUUCCGCGGCGAGGUCACAGGUCUUAGAUCAGCCUAUCAGCACGUCCUGAAGAUCAUCAACAGUGACCAACCACACGCUGACGUCUACCAACAAGUGCUGGCUUUUGUCCGGACUCGACAUCGCUCCAGGACUCCUAGAAUCCUCCUGCUGGGUCCACCUGGGUCGGGGAAGAGUCACCAGGCCAGACUGCUGUCAGAGAAAUACAAGAUGCUGGAUGUGUGUUGUGAUCAGCUGAUCAGCUCCGCAGCAGCUGAUGGUUCAAGCCUUGGAGAAAAGAUUCAAUCAUAUCUGGAUGAUGAACAACCAGCUCCAGACGACCUGGUGCUGCAGGUUCUGGAGCGACAUCUGAGCCAAGUAGACUUUAGCAGCAGAGGCUGGAUCCUGCACGGGUUCCCCCGAGACCUGCAGGGGGCGCUGAGGCUGCAGGAGUCCCAGCACCAGCCCAACAGAGUUUUCUUCCUGGAGCUGACGGACGACGUCUGUGUGGAGAGAAUCAGUCUGAGAGCGACAGACCCAGUGAGCGGAGAAAGGUUUCACGCUGUGACUCGACCGGCUCUGAGCUCUGAGAUCCAGAACAGACUGGAGACCAGACCAGAGGACAGAACUCACACUGUGACACACACUCUGAACCAGUGCAGGACACACACUGCUGCUCUGCAGGCUCUGGAGAGCAGAUUAAAUUCUGUCUGAGAAGAGGACUCACCUGGACUCACCUGGACUCAUCUGGACUCACCCGGACUCACCCGGACUCAUCUGGACUCACCCGGACUCAUCUGGACUCACCCGGACUCACCCGGACUCAUCUGGACUCACCCGGACUCAUCUGGACUCACCCGGACUCACCCGGACUCAUCUGGACUCACCAGGACUCAUCUGGACUCACCCGGACUCACCCGGACUCAUCUGGACUCACCCGGACUCAUCUGGACUCACCCGGACUCACCCAGACUCACCCGGACUCACCCGGGUCACAUAUGUAAUGUUGUUGGUUUGUUCUAAAACAUAAAUAACCAGUUGGUUCUGUUUUGAGUU